AUGACAGAACCGACUCACCUUAUUGGAGACGACGACAGUGACACCAGCAGUGUCACUAUCGACAACGAUCCAGACCGGCUAUACCUGUUGAGUGAGGCUGACUUUUCAUCCCCUGCAACUCCUUUUCUCUCGCCAGGUUCCACGGAGAUAGUCGAUCUGACAGAGAUAUCUGGAGAAGCACUCUUGGACGGCGACUAUGUCACCGAUGAAUGCGUUGAAAUUCUUCGAGAAGACUGGAAGAGUUCUGUUCGCGUGCCUAAAUCCCCCCCCCAAGCCGCCACCCCGUCCAAGAAGUUCCGAGAGGACGCAUGUGUUGAUGGAAUCGUGUAUAUGCCAGGCCAGUCAGUUGAAUUGCACGAUGAUACCUUUCUUCGGAUUUCCGCAGUCUGGGAAGAUUCGAGAGGGGAGGUCUAUUUCGAUGGACGACGACUUUUGAGAGCCAAGGGCCAUGUCGGCACCUAUAUUCCCAAAUGGUCUAAUGAGUUGAUCUGGGUGGCGAAUGAGACCAUGGAGAUUGCGUUGGGCCUGGUGAGGCGGUUUGUGAAUAUCCAUUUCACGAGUUGCUGUCACAUUGAUCGGGACGAGCACAAGAUUAGCCGUCCGGGAGACCUGUUCUGCCGGUUGAAAGAGAUUCCUGAGGGUGACAUGGUUUCGGUUGAAUAUGUCUCCUACCACGACGCUGAUCCUGGGUAUGCGGUGGAGGCGAGAAUCCUCCGUCAAUCAUGGCGCGGAGAGACCCAAGCAUUUGGCAGCCGGCAGGACUCGCAGCAGCGGUGCCCUGUCAUUGUGCUGGAUGAAAUCGAAGAGACCCCCCCGCAUUGGGAGACGGUGCACGCCAGAGACGGGCGGAAAUAUACCUUUGGAGAUGGGUUUUGCGGUGCUGGUGGUGUUUCUUGCGGCGCGCAGAAUGCCGGCUUAUCUCUCCACUGGGCAUUUGAUCUCUCUCCAGAUGCGGCGACCACCUAUCGGUUGAAUUUCGACACGGUCGAGUGUGAGACGAGCGAUAUCUUUAGCUUUUUAACCAACGAUGAGGCCUUCUUGAGGGUCGAUAUCACGCAUGGCUCGCCGCCCUGCCAAACAUUCUCGCCUGCGCACACGGUGGAAAGUAAGAACGAUGAUGCCAAUUCGGCGUGCAUUUUCUCCUGUGGAAAUCUCAUCCGCAAAGCAAAGCCACGGGUGCAUACAAUGGAGGAAACGAGCGGUCUGUUCGAGAGACACAAGGAGACAUUUUACGGGGUCAUUCAGGACUUUAUUGAGACCGGGUAUUCGGUUCGGUGGGCGGUUUUGAAUUGCAUGGAAUAUGGAGUGCCUCAAUCGCGAAAGAGGCUGAUAAUCAUCGCAUCGGGGCCGGGAGAAACCCUUCCAUCCCUUCCCAAACCCACCCAUGGCUUGCCAGGAUCCGGACUGCAGAAACUAACCACGAUCAAUCAAAUGAUAUCGAAUAUUCCCGCGGGAACGCCAGAUCACGACGUGGACAGAGCCAGGAGUCGAGCAGUGCAAAACCAACGGAUUCCCUUCGAUGCGAACCAGCAAGCGCGGACCAUCACCUGCGGAGGCGGCGACAACAACUACCAUCCAUCGGGCAAGAGAGGGUUCACGAACCGCGAGUUUGCCUGUCUGCAGACGUUCCCCUUGACCUUUCGGUUUGGGCCGAGAGAAGUGCGCAAGCAAAUCGGAAACGCGGUGCCCCCUGUUCUAGCAAGGACGAUUUACGGAGAGAUCGUCAGAUCACUGCAAGAAACGGACGCGAGGGAGCUGCACGCCUUGAUCCAUGGAGGGAGCGAAUAGCCGCGGGAUCAGGGAGAGUUACAUACCUGUCUGACCGACCGCGGGCAAUUUCAGCACUCAGCCAGCCGGGAGAUUAUUCUUGACGGGAGGUCUUUCUUUCUCAUGUCAUAAACCAUCAAUGGAAUCCGGAAUAUGUGAUACCCUCUUCGCUGCUCCAAGUGUUAGUUACUACUAGGAAAUAGGAAGAGAAAUAUCCGAGAUCGGAAUGAGCAAAUAGACCGUGAGUAACCGCAGGAAAGUGAAGCUCAACGGACGGUUAAUAAGUAAACAAAACUGCCUCGGUCCAGGUCGGUCAACGGAUCUCUCUCUCUCUCUCCAUCUCCUUUGUUGUCUC